CCACUUUAAUACGCUUCAGUUAAUAAUUUAGAGUGAAUUGCGACAGUUCCCUUUCUUCCCAAAAAAUGGAUUUAGAUUUUAAAAUUCCGAAAUGGGUUAAUAAAGACAUUUUUCAUAAAAUGUUAAAACAAAUUUUCGACGGCGUAGACGACAUUAUUUAUUUCGAUAUCGCACGCGCUUUAACGUCGGGCGAAAACUAUUCCACUUUAAUGCUAAGAGUACAAAUCAAAAUGAAAUUAAAAGAUGGCAGGACGAGGAGUUCCUCUUUCAUGCUUAAGUUACCGCACGAGACUAAAGAAAUGAAAGAUAUGUUAACCUCUUUAAAUUUUUUCCAUCUUGAAAACGUCGUCUACCAGAAUGUGUUAAGUGAAAUGGAACGAAUGUAUACAGAAUCGGGCGUCGAGUUGCGAUUCGGUGCGAAAUCUUAUCGCUUAUCAGCUGAUAAUGACAAACACUAUCUGCUUUUGGAAGAUUUGAGUUGCAGUGGCUUCCGAAAUGCGAAUCGUUUGGAUGGUUUAGAUGUGGAACAUACCGAAUGCGUUUUACGCAAAUUGGCUCAAUUUCACGCGGUAUCUGCUUGUAGAGUAGCCACGUUAGGGCCAUAUACUGAAAAGCGCCUUUUUCAUAAGCUCGAUAAUAAAAAUGGUCGUUCGAAAAUUAGACAAGUAUACGCAUUAAUGGCGGAAACGUUUAUGGAAAAUCUGAAAAAUUACAAAAACUGUGAAAUGUAUCGCGAAUCCCUGCUAUUCUUCUUCAAUAACUUAAUUGAAUGGUUUGUCAAAGCCCGUGUAGUGCACGCCCAGCAUUUUAAUGUUCUCAACCAUGGUGAUAUAUGGACCAAUAAUAUUUUAUUUAAAUAUAAAGCAGACGGCCAUGUGGAAGAAACAUAUUUUGUGGAUUAUCAAAAUUGCAAUUACGGAUCACCGGCUCAAGAUCUUUACGUUUUGCUUAUAUCGUCCGUUCAUGUUGAUUUUAAAUUAAAAAAAUUUGAUCAUUUCGUCGACUACUAUUACAAGCACUUAGUUGAAAAUUUAAAAUUAUUGAAAUACCCUUUGGAUAUAAUGAGCCGUCAACAGAUGCAGGAGCAAUUACAAGUGUUUGGUGGGUGGGCAUUUUUAACGAGUUUCUUCAUAAUGGGCGUCGCCUUACUUGACCCAACGGACAAAGCAAAAUUUGAAUACGUAAUGCAAGAUACUCCCGAGGGUAAGGAUUUCCAAAAUUUAAUAUAUUCCAAUCCACGCUACAUUAAACAUAUUGAGGCAAUUUUACCAUGGUUGCAUCAACGAGAUUUAAUGAAUCCGAGAAAUUUAUUAAAGGACUUAAGCGGAAACUCUUCUUCGAAACUGGAAAUGAAAAUCUAAUUUACUUACAUAUUAAGGCAUAGUAAAUGUUAGCCAACGCCCAUGGUUAUCCGGCGAUUCAUUCCAAGAAAUUUAUUGACAAAUUAAAAGCACUUUUGUGUUUUCGGCUAUAAUACGUAGUUUUAUUUAUUGACGGGAUUUAGUUCAAUAAUAUAUAGGCUUAUGAAGCUAAAUCAAAAAGCAGUUUACUCUAGUACAGGGCUAUAGGCUUGUGAAUGCAUACGGUAUACUAUAAUCUCCCGGGAGCUUUUGCAAAAACCAACCUGCACUGCUGCGAAGGAAGGGAACAACAUGCGCUAGUAGGCAAUCACUUGGUUCAUGUGCCUCGGAACAUGAUGUUUCUGUGCGCCUCGAUGCGAAGCUAUCGUAAUUAAUGGUUAGGUGUGACUGCUGCUGCACAACUGAAGGCAUGUGUUAAAGACUGAAGGCAUUAGUAAAUAUAACUAUCCUUGACUAUGGUAAGAUUCUCCAAAUCAUUGUAAGCACAUGUAAUUGACUUUUCGAAUCUUACAAAAGCCGAAAGAGCUAAUGACGUUCAGUUUUAACUUUAGUGAAGAAAGUUACCGAAGGCUCGAGGGUUAUCUAAACAUACUGCUUUUUUAGUCGCGGCUAAGCUGCUUAGUGGACAUUAUAUGAAUAAAUGAUUACAACUAACUCUCUGUCCUUUGGUUUCACUUUUAAUCUUAUAACGAAUCUCUUUCAAUCGUUAUCUGUCUGCUUGCAUAAUCUCUCCCUUUCCCUAACUCUCUCUCUCACUCUCUUUCUCACUCUCUCUCUCUCCCUCUCUCUCUCUAUUAUUAUUAUUAUAAAAACUGCUCAAGUAUGUAAAAAAGUCGCCAGUGAUUUUACUCUCAGAAAAGUCAAAAAACG